CUCCAGAAAUCACCACACAACACACCAUUUCCUGAAACGCCCAACAGAAGAAUAACGGCCGCAAGACAUCUCAGUCAGUUCCAUAAAAAUCAUAUCAUCAUCAUCACACUGCGCCAUCGACAAGUACACAACAAAAAUGUCAGGACCGAUUGAACACGACAAACUGCGCCUCAUAAAUUCCAGCAUUCACAAAUUAGCUACUGGAUUUUACAAGGUACUAGUGGACGGAGAAAAAGGAAAUUUUAUGUUUUCACCGGCGAGUGUCUCGAUAACUUUGUCAAUGUUAACAUUUGGAGCUCGUGGCAACACCGAAAAUCAACUCCGGUCCGUCCUUCAUCUGCCAGCUGAUGACACUCUUACCACUGAUGGGAUCCGACUUCUGGUUGAUAAAUUGAAUUGGAAAAACAUUAAAUUUUUAAGAAUUACGAGGUUACGUGAAAUAUUUCUAAUUGCUUCCGGUGUUCAAUUUCUAAUAUGGAAUUUGUAUCGAUGGAACUACAUCGGACCCCAAAAUAUAAAAAAAGAGAAGUUGAAUCUGGCAAACAAGAUAUUUACAGCAGAAGGCUUGGAAGUUAAAUCUGAGUUCAGAGCGAUUAUCAACUCGUUGUUUAAAUCAGAGGUGGAGAGUGUUGAUUUUACUAAACUCGAUGAGAGCAGUAGAAUAAUCAAUGUUUGGUGUGAAACGCAGACCGAGGGGUGCAUCAAAGAUGUCGUCCAACCUAACGAUGUGCAGGACGCUUCCCUGAUUCUGGUGAAUGCCAUUCACUUCAAGGGAAAAUGGGUAAAGCCUUUUGAAAAAGCGUUUACAGGAUCCCAGAAAUUCUCGAUCAGUGAAACUGCCACGAAGGAGGUGUCAAUGAUGUGGAUAGAUGAUUAUUUCAAUUGCGGGGAUCUUCCUGAUCUUGAUGCUCAGUACGUUGAAUUACCGUUCCAGAGCGAGAAUGAAGAUGAUGCCAUUAGCAUGUACAUUAUUGUCCCUGACAAAAUGACCGGAUGGCAGAAAGUGGAGGCAAAUCUUGAUAAAAUAUAUUUCCAAGAACUCAACGGGCCUCCCGAAAGACUUAAGUUAGGUGUUCCUAGGUUCCAAGUUGAAAGCAAAUUUGAGCUUGAACCGGUUCUAAGCAAGAUGGGGAUGAAGAUGCCAUUCUCAGAUACAGCUGAUUUCACAGGAAUAACUGACGCGCCUCCAUUAAAAAUCAGUAAAGUCAUUCAAAAAGUGCUUAUCGAAGUAAAUGAAGAGGGAACAGAGGCUGGUACUGUUACACAUGUGAAUGCGAUGCCUAUGUGCCCUCCACCGAGCUUUGUUUUCGACAAGCCUUUCCUGUGCGCACUUGUCGUAAAAAGCACAGGCACACCCAUCCUCAUCGCCAAAGUCAUCGACCCAUCGGCAACCCCAUGAAGAAGCAAAGAACAUUGCAAAAGUAAUGGUAGUUUUCUACAGCAUAUGAUGUAUUCAA